GGGCAGACGGGGCAGCCCCUCGUCCAUUUCCUUCCCUGGCAGGUGGGACAUGACCCCGCCAAGGACUUCACAAACCACUGGUGGAAUGAGCUCUUCAACACGACGGCCGCCAGCUUAGUGGUGGAGUCUGGGCAGGUCAGUGACUCUGAUAGAGACGGGUCCAGGAAGCACAAGGGCCUGGGGGUCUGGGGUGAUGGUGGAGACGUGGCAUGCCACCCAUCCACUCAUGGGCACGUUCCCACAGGAUGGAGUUCAGAUAAAGCGCCUUUCUAAGGAGACUGCCCGGCAGAGUCGCCCCAAGCCCAAUUUGCUGUAUCAGAAGUUUGUGAAGGGCCUUGACUGAAGCCAGACGGGACCCUUAUCAAGCGUUCGCCAUCAGACUUUUCCUUCCACAUGCCAUUCCUUCUGUCUGGGAUCUUCUUAUCCUUUGCCUGCUAACUCCCUCGUCUCCAGAGCGAGCUUUUCCUGCAUGUUACUUCCAGAACCUCUUACCUGAAUCUGGAGCUAGGCACCUCUCCGACACCAGAAGCAGCUCGUCCUCUUGCCUAUGUUCUGCCACACGCUUCUCCGCCAGUGGAAGCUCUUUGGGCUGGACCCAUCUCAUCUCUGCUCUGCACCCCCAGCCCCUUGGCCUCUAGGUCAAACGGAGACGGCUACGUUGACUUCAAGCGGGGAGAAGCCAGACAAGGACAUGGAGACUUACAGUGAUGACGACAGCCAGAGGCCCAAGUGCCCCAAGAUUGUAACUGAUGAGAUGCUGCUCCAGGCCUGCGAGGGGCGAACAGCACACAAGGCAGCCCGUCUUGGGAUCACGAUGAAGGCCAAGCUUGCUCGGCUGGAAGCCCAGGAGCAGGCCUUCCUAGCUCGUCUAGGAGGCCAGGGCCAGGAGGCCCCUCAACCACAGUGUGACAGCAAGCUCCCCCGAAACAAGAAAAAGAAACAGCAGGAAGAGGUUACAUCCACUGAAAGGCCCGGGGAAGGGGAGCACCCAGAACAGACUGAACCGAGUGUGAGGAAGCGCAAGAAGAAACGGCACCAUCGGGGAGUCUCUGAGGAGAGCGGGGCAGCGCCUGCAGAAGCGAGGAACCCUGGAAAACUGGAGCGAGAGGAAACUGAGCAGCCCCUCAGGAGAAGGAAGAAGAAGCGGCGGCCAGAGGAGGGGAUCUCUGAUGGAGGAGGGAAGGAAGCUGCCGUGGAUGACCGGGCAGAGGAGGGGGAGAGCAUGGCAUGCACUGACCCCUGCAGCAGAAGCAAGAAGAAGAGGAGGCAGCGGCUUGGGAAGGAAGAGGGGGAGGGUGGCUGGAACACGGAGGAUGGCGGGGAGGCAGCUUCUGCAGAUGGGAGGACCAGGGGGGCAGCAAACAGAGCGUGCAGUGACCCAAGUUGCAAGAGAAGAAAGAAGAGACGGGGGUGUGGAGAGGAGGAGGUCUUGGAGGGGAGGGAUGAGGCUGAGGGAGCUGAGGAUGAGCAAACAGAGAGUAGGACACACAGCAGUGCCAGCAGCAGGGCUCAGAGGAAGCAUCCAGAGAAGGAAAGAGCUGGAGGCAACACUGGCCACAGGGCCAAAAAGAAGAAACGGAAGGAGAGAGACUGACGGCCUGGUCAGAGUGGGCUGAGGUCUAAUGCACGCCUUUCAACAAGGAUCCCCUCCCGCAGAGGGCACCGAGUUCUGGAACACCAACCAUGCUGCCGACAAGACCGGCUGAGGUUAGGGAGCAGGUGUGGAUCCUUUUGUACUUCUAACCCAGAGAUGAUGAAGUCGGAUGCCUACAGGAGCCACGUAGCUCAGGGACAGGGACUGCAAUCCCAGAGAGCAGGAAUGCAGAGACCCUUUAAAGGGCCAUCCCUGCCUCCAGUCCAUCCCUGAAUGCUGACACACAGACUUUUAAAGAGAAGCUCAAAAUAUACGUAUUUGAAAUGUUCUGAGUUUUACAUAAAAACAUACCAGUUUCUAACA